AUUAAAAAGCUUAAUGCUUUUCCGUCUGAUUCUCUCCAUCUACGACGGUUUUUCUCUCCCGCUCUCCUAAUCGCAGCUCACCGCCGUUUGUUAGGCAAAAUCCGCCCACAACAUCAGUUCACAAGCCUCGUGUUCCCUCUAUUUUGCCAUUCGUCUGCGUUACCCACGACUCAUUUGUACCUUCAAUCGACUUACUCUUCGAUCUCUCAAUUCUCAUCCAAUUUGGAAUACUCUACACGAAGGGAAUUCAGUUCUCUUCACGGUUUCAGCUUGAAAAGACUCGUUAGUUCCGGACCGUCCAUUCAAGGUUUCAAGGCGACUCCAUAUCAGAAAUUUUCUUCAUAACUAUUUGAAUCAGUAAUGGCGAACAACAUCCCAGAAGAACCGAAGACCGCGCCCCAGCCCGAUCGGUGGUAUAACCUAUCCCUUGGUCCUUCAUUCAAGGAUGAAUCGUCCAACAAAUUUUGCACUUUUCGAUAUGAGUUUAAACCGGCUUCAAUUGAUAAAACGAAGCCGGGGUGGCUGAAAAAGACCAAGGAAAAUAGGGUUACUGUUGAAUUUCAAAACAGUCAACCUGGGAAACCCAAUUUGUCGUUUAUUGGUAGUAGUGAGGAUUAUAAGGAUAAUGAUGCCGUUUUGUUUUUUGAUGGUGAGACGUUCCGGUUGGAGCGGCUGCACAGAGCGGUCAAUCAGCUUCGGCACCUUCGACAGCCAGGCGAAUCUGCUGCUGCCGCUGCCACUGCCACUGCCACUACCACUACCGCAGGCGUUGCUGCCCCUGCUGCCACUCCCAGCUCUGCUUCUGUCCUUCAUUCUUUGACACCGCCGGAGCCUCGGUUAUCUCCUCCAGUCACUAAAGUUGCCAAACCUAUGCAUAUGGGUCGAAGCAGUUUUCCUACCAUGCCGGUAGAGGUGGAGCGAAUAGAUAUUGGAGAGCCAGGAAAUGCAGGUGCAAAACCUGUUGUUGCUAGUAAAGGCCUUACUGAUUACUCAUCAGAUCCACCAAAUGCAUCUGUUUCCUCUCCAGGCCUGAAGAAUGAUGAUGAGCAUCAAGAUAUAGAUAUUGACGAUAUUUUCGGGUCUGUUUCAUCUGAUGAUGGAAAUAAUGCUGAAGAAGAAAGAGUUGAGACUGGGUUCGAUAUAAAUAUACCACAUCAGAACGAUACGGAUGAUGAGAUUGCUGAUGUGGAUGAUAGUGGCGAUGAAGCCGAGAAGGGACCUAACGCUGCAGAAGCCCUCAGAGCUCAGGUUAAUGCAGAAGGUAGGGCCGAGCAGAGCUCAAGUUCUAGUAGUAGCGGAUCAGGCAGUGGCAGCAGCAGUGGAAGUAGUAGUGCCAGCAGUGAUAGUGAAGGUAGUGAUGAGGAUUCGGUUACCUCAAUUUAAUGGAAAUGAAGCUGAUGAAAUCUUGAGCUUUGAGAAGCCAUCUUCUGAUGUAUGCAAAAAUUGUUCUCACUAGAUCACAUUCAUUUUUUUUUUUCUCCUCUUUUCUAGUAUAAGAAUUGGCGUGAUGGUAAAUGAAAUCUCCAAACAUCACAAGAGGGAAAUGUAAGUUAAUUAUCAUUAAGUUCACCUGAACUUUGAUGUCAUUUAAUGUUAUGUAAAAAUUCUUCAGAAUAAUUGAAUUGUAACAUAAAUUUUAAAAUGCAGUGAUUUUGGUUCA